GGAGAGUGGAACCCCAAAGAGAUCACUAACCCGGCCUACAAGGGCAAGUGGGUCCACCCUGAGGUCGACAACCCGGAGUACACCGCUGAUUCUGAGAUCUAUAAGUACGACAGCAUCGGCGUGAUCGGACUGGACUUGUGGCAGGUGAAGUCCGGCACCAUUUUUGAUAACUUCCUGAUCACCAACGACCCAAAGCUGGCAGAGGAAGUGGGAAACGACAUGUGGGGUAAAACUAAGGACGCGGAGAAGAAGAUGAAGGAAAGUCAAGAGGAGGAGGAGAGGAAGAAGCGCGAGGAAGACGACAAUCAGAGGAAGGACGAGGCGAAGGAGGAAGACGAGGAGGAAGAGGAGAAGGAUGAGGAGGAGGAGGAAGGAGACGAAGAAGAAGAUGAUGAGGAGGGAGAUGAAGAAGAGCGGGAGGAGGAAGAAGAGGACGAUGAGGACACAGACUCUAAACUCAAGGAUGAGUUAUAAACUCCAACGCAGGAAGUGACUCUGUCAAUGAGCCGUAGAGUGGUGCAGGAAUGAGUCAGCAAAACCUGGAAAUGAGUCAGCAUUUUAGCACUUCCUGUCCCCUCGUCUGGAA